UAAACGAUUUUUAUCAUUUAAGAGCCUCUUGUAACUUUUCAUACCCCGCAUUGUCCCAAAACAACUGUUCUAAAAACAAUCCCAAUCUUUACCCCUCUCACCAAAACAGACUUAGUUUUCCAAAAAUCUUCCUUACAAAUUAAUCCCAGCAAAUCUCUAACUCUCAUCAAAGUUAUGGGUGUUCAAAUCAUCCGAAUAUCAAUCUAGACCAGCAGCCUUGACCAACGCCGCCGCUCGUGCCUUCGUAGCCAGUAAGCUCUAUCUCUGAUUCAAGGGGUUUUCUUACUCUCUCUACCGGUUAGGAGCAGUGCGUAGGAGUUUUGGUGAGUUUAAUAUUCUUGAGUUUGCAGGAGUCUAAUGUGCUAUCCAGCAAGACAUUAAGAUUUUUGGGGUACGUUUCGAUGGGUAUUUACCCUCCGAUCUUCUCUUGGAGAUACUUUCAUGGCUUGAAUUGGUACUGAAUUCAGUUUUGGUUAGAACAUUGAUCGAGGUUCCGUAAGGAGAAGAGAAUUGUUAUUGGUGGAUAUUGGGAUUGGAUUCGAGGGGCUUGAGGCUUGUUCACAGAGCCCUACGACAGGCAUGGGCCGACAUAUGGAGUGGGCAGGGCGAAUGGGCUACAUGUGGGGAAUCCCAAGGAAAAUGUUGUUCGUGGCAGUGGGUGCUUUUGCCAAGGCUGUGGCAAAUGUUCUAAACACCACUACUGUCCACAACGCCGAUACUCUCAUUCGACUUGUCCAACACCGGCCUCCCGGAGUGCCCCUCGUCACUGUUAGCAAUCAUAUGUCCACGAUAGACGAUCCAGUCAUGUGGGGCUUCAAAGGUUUUCCGACCUCUGAUGCAACAUUAGGUAGGUGGGUGUUGGCAGCAGAGGAUAUUUGCUUUAAGAACGUUGUGCUAUCUUAUUUAUUCCGAUUAGGAAAAUGUAUACCUGUUACUAGGGGUGCUGGAAUUCAUCAAGAAUAUAUGGAUGAAGCACUUGAGCAUUUAAGGAAUGGAGAAUGGCUCCAUACAUUUCCAGAAGGUAAAGUGACUCAAGAUGAUGUGCCCAUCCGACGAUUAAAGUGGGGAACAGCUAGUCUUAUUGUUCGUUCUCCUAUAACACCAAUAGUUCUGCCGAUUGUCCAUCGCGGCUUUGAUGAGAUAAUGCCUGAAAACUCUCUCUUUGGUAGGAGGCCUCCGGUUCCCUUGUGCUGUAAGAAGAUUGAGAUUAUUGUGGGUGAGCCGAUUCAGUUUGACAUACCUAGCAUGAAGCAGAUGGCAAUUUCCAUGUCGCGUAACUGGGCCUCUCCUCUACUAGGAUGGCCUGCCACUGGAGAACAAACUAGGCUGGAUGAGCCUGCACAGAGAUUCUUGUACGGUCAUAUCUCAGAUCAAAUUCGAAGUGUUAUGGAGAAACUACGUGCACUGUCAUUACAGAAGAGAAGCUGAAGAUUUAUUUUUGGCUGUUCAUUAUUUACAAUAAGUCCACUGUAUUUCUUAGAUUAAAUACUAAUUCAUAUCAAAUGGAAUUUUUAUUUCAUUUCAUAACUUAAUUUGUACUUUAAGUUUAUAACUAAUUUCUUUCUCUUCAAGAAAUUCGAAUAUUUCCUUAUGCAUAACAUUAUUUUCAAGGAAUAAUAUUAUUAAGAUUAAGAAUGUAA